AUGGAAUUACAUCCAAAAUCGAUUUCCUUCCUUUCUCAGGUGAAGCUCGCGAAGGUCAUCUACGACAAAGGGUCGCAAGGGAAGAAAUUCAACGCCAACACUCCCUGGAAAGUUGUCAAGAGCAAGAUUGGCUCCGGAAAGCCGUUCCCGUACGACGCCAAUGGCAUCUACCUACUUCUCACGAGCACCAACAUUAAGGUCUCUGGCUUCUGCACACAGUACUGCGGGUAUCACACGAUGGACCUUCUCAAAUCGAAGCCCGUUGCAUAUUCCCUCGUGGUUCAUCACGGAUUGUGCCCGGGAAACUGCGGUGCGAAGCAGACUUCGCCCAACGGGAAGCCGUGGCUGGACGCGAUGGUUUCGACGAUCGCUCACGAGAUCGCGGAAGCGGCGACGGAUCCCAAUGCCAGCAGCGGCUGGUUCGACGCCAACGGGGAGGAGAACGCUGAUAAGUGCAGCUACGAGUACGGAGAGACGCAAACGGCUCAGAACGUGUAUGGUGACGAUGCGGAGUACAACCUGGUGGGGCUCAACGGCAUGAAGUUCAUGGUGCAGCAGAACUGGGACGUGGCCACGGACUCGUUUCCAGGGGGUGUGGUGGGUGAAUGGGAAAUGUGGGUUGAGGAUAGGAGCGAGAGAAGUGAGAAGACUGGUGGGGAGGACAUAUACAACAGGGGUGGAAACAUAUACACAUCAUCCCAUCCCACCAUCUCUGCUCCUCUUCCCAUCCCACCAUCUCUGCUCCUCUUCCCAUCCCACCAUCUCUUCUCAUCAUCCCAUCCCACCAUCUCUGCUCCUCACCCCAUCCCACCAUCUCUGCUCAUCAUCCCAUCCCACCAUCUCUGCUCAUCAUCCCAUCCCACCAUCUCUGCUCAUCAUCCCAUCCCACCAUCUCUGGUCCUCAGCCCAUCCCACCAUCUCUGCUCAGCAUCCCAUCCCACCAUCUCUGGUCCUCAGCCCAUCCCACCAUCUCUGCUCAGCAUCCCAUCCCACCAUCUCUGCUCAUCCCGUCCCACCAUCUCUGCUCAUCAUCCCAUCCCACCAUCUCUGGUCCUCAGCCCAUCCCACCAUCUCUGCUCAGCAUCCCAUCCCACCAUCUCUGCUCCUCAUCCCAUCCCACCAUCUCUGCUCAUCAUCCCAUCCCACCAUCUCUGCUCCUCACCCCAUCCCACCAUCUCUGCUCCUCAGCCCAUCCCACCAUCUCUGCUCAGCAUCCCAUCCCACCAUCUCUGCUCAUCAUCCCAUCCCACCAUCUCUGCUCAUCAUCCCAUCCCACCAUCUCUGCUCAUCAUCCCAUCCCACCAUCUCUGCUCAUCAUCCCAUCCCACCAUCUCUGCUCCUCAUCCCAUCCCACCAUCUCUACUCCUCAUCACAUCCCACCAUCCCUGCUCCUCAUCCCAUCUUACCAUCUCUGCUCUCCAUCCCAUCCCGCCACCUCUGCUCCUCAACCAAUCCCAACAUCUCUGCUCCCCAUCCCAUCCCGCCAUCUCUGCUCCUCAACCCAUCCCACCAUCUCUGCUCAUCAUCCAAUCCCGCCAUCUCUGCUCCUCAACCCAUCAUAUCCUACCAUCCUUGCUCCUCAUCCCAUCCCACCAUCUCUGCUCCUCAACCCAACCCACCACCUCUGCUCCUCAUCCCAUCCCACCAUCACUGCUCCUCAUCCCAUCCCACCAUCACUGCUCCUCAUCCCAUCCCACCAUCUCUGGUGCAGCAGAACUGGGACAUAGCCACGGAGUCCACGGACUCGUGCGUUUCGCAGACGACCGAAUAGGGGAUGCGAUGAUGAAUUGUGAAGCUGUCGUGGGGUUGACGUGA